UUUAAGUUAUUGAGAUUAUUUAUAUUAUAAUUGACAUUAAAAAUCGAUUUUCUAAAGUAAAUGAAAAUCUUUCGUCAAUUACUCACUGAAACUUGAAAGAGAUGUAUUUGGAGGAAGACCAGCUGACUACUUUUUCAUGCUUUUGUUCAACUGGGCAUGUUGUGUUAUCUGCUGUCUCUUUGCCCAGAUUCCGGUAAUGAUGGACCCGAUGGUCAUGAGCAUACUGUACAUCUGGUGUCAACUGAAUCCUGAUGUCAUUGUGAGUUUCUGGUUCGGAUCUCGAUUCAAAGCUACAUAUCUUCCAUGGGUGUUGUUCGGAUUCAAUCUCGUCGUUUCUGGCGGAGGAAUAAUGGAACUUUUCGGCAUAAUUGUUGGGCAUACGUAUUUCUUCUUGAUGUUCAAAUACCCCCAGGAGAUGGGUGGACCCCAGCUCAUCAGAACGCCGCAAUUUCUAUACGACUACUUUCCAAAUCAGAGAACAAUCCAUAGUUUUGGUUCGGUUCCGACGCCCCGGGCCCAACAGCCGGACGCGGCCGCAGGAGGUGAUCCCCGGAGGCACAACUGGGGCAGAGGUCAAGUUCUGGGAGACCGCCAGUGAGGUUCCAUUCAACUUAUCCUUUUCAAUUGGGCGAGGACACUUAUCAUGUCACAAGUCUGAAUUAUUCUUAUCGUUUUUUACGCCAAAGUUCGUUGCUAAUCUUUAUGAAUUGGCUGUAUACAACGUUGAUAUUUUAUCAACCAUUUAGUAUUAUCUUGAAAAUUGAAAAUAUUGGUGGAUAUAUUCAGCUUCAUCCAGCUGAUACUUUUUGGGCCUAUGUAAUUUCGUGAGAUCUAUAUUUAAAAUAAUAUUAUUAUAUAUUAUCUAAAGUUUGGGGAUUCUUUUACAUUCGAGUGUACAUUUAUACUGAAUACAGUAAAUUCACUUUGAAGUUAAAAACUUCACAUGAAGAGGAUCAGAUGUGAUGAUUCAUUUGAAGAACGUGAUACUUAACAUGCAUUGAGGCCGUACUAGAAAAAUACGAGACUGCUGAUGAUUUAGAAAUUCAGCAUAAGCCUUAUAUUUCUUUAAAAUGUAAUGUAAUUCUAAUACUUAUAUCAUGCGAAACUAAGGUUCAAAUAUUGAAGAAUGCUAUUAUAAAUAACACCAAUAAUUAUAAUAAGAUACUUGAUCAUAUUAAUAUCGAUUGCAGUGGAAUUAUCAUUAUAUUCUUCUAUUGACUCUCAAUUGGAAGAUAGUUUUUGAAAAGAUUAUUCAAAAAUAACGGUAUAAUAUGGAAAACUUGUUAUACUCUAUUACAUUUAAUUAGUUGAUAUUAUUAUUCUCGUUCUAGAUAAAUAUUUCCAUAUCUAAUGAAACGGGUUGUCUUCUAACAAGAGAAUGAAGCAAUAAAAUUAAUCUCAUACAUUUCAUUUCCUGUUGCAUAAAAGUUUGUUUAAAUGUAUGGAGUGCAAAUAAAUUCCUUUGAAUCGUUUCCAA